CUUAGGCGCUGUGUGUAAGAGGAGCCAGGGCUAAACAACGCUUGGCUCUUAGACAGCGAGGAAUUCCAUUCCUUCAUCGACAAAGGGGGAAUACCAGACCAACACCAGACCACUCGCCGGGCUGAAAGACCCUGCUCACACCUUCCACCUAAAGAAAGAAAGAAAGAAAAAAAGCGGCAGGGAGGGGACGGGUGGGAGCCAAAAGAAUACGGACACCCAGGCCAUGGAUAUUGCAGUCAGCAUGGACACUGAGACAGACCAGGUGUCUCUGUCUGAAGAUGCCCAGGCCCACUGGGAGACCUGGGACUGGGAGUCAGAGAGGGUCCCAGCUGUAUUGAGUCCUACGUAUAAGCAACGCAAUGAGGACUUCAGAAAACUCUUCAAGCAGCUACCCGACUCAGAACGCCUCAUCGUGGACUACUCCUGUGCCCUGCAAAGAGAUAUCCUGCUGCAGGGGCGCCUCUACGUCUCAGAAAACUGGAUUUGUUUCUAUAGCAACAUCUUCCGCUGGGAAACGCUGCUGACAGUCCGGCUGAAGGAUAUCUGCAGCAUGACAAAGGAGAAGACGGCCCGCCUCAUUCCCAACGCCAUCCAGCUGUGCACUGACAAUGACAAGCACUUUUUCACCUCGUUCGGCGCAAGGGAUCGGACAUACAUGAUGAUGUUCAGACUAUGGCAGAAUGCUCUGCUAGAAAAGCCUUUGUGUCCCAAAGAGUUGUGGCACUUUGUCCAUCAGUGUUAUGGCAAUGAGCUGGGUCUGACCAGCGACGAUGAGGACUACGUGCCGCCAGACGAUGACUUCAACACCAUGGGGUAUUGCGAGGAGCUGCCCGUGGAGGAGAACGACACCAAUGACGCCACCACGCUCGCCAAGAUGCCAGACGUCAAGGGCGACACCAGCCCCCUGUUGUCCCGCAGAGUCUUCCCCGACAACGUCCUGCCCUGCCCGGGCAUCAUCGACCCUCUCCUUCCCUUUGAUUUGGCCGCCGUGGACGAUUUCCCCCUGUGUCUCCCUGAUGGCGAACUCCUGACCCUCCAGUUGCCGGGGUUGGACAACCGGAGCAGUGGUCACAGCAGUCCCGCCCCCUCGCCCUCGCUGGACUUCAACGACAAUGAGGACCUCCCUACUGAGCUCAGCGACUCCUCUGAGACGCACGACGAAGCAGGGGAGGUGCAGGCCUUUCAUGAAGACCUGAAUGGGAAGCAGUACAUGAACGAGGUGUACGAGUUCAGCGUUGACAAGAUGUACGACAUCCUCUUCACCGAGUCCACCUUUAUGAGGGACUUCCUAGAGCAGAGACGCUUUUCAGACAUAGUCUAUCACCCUUGGAAGAAAGAGGAAGACGAGGCAGGCAACCAGACCAGAGAGAUCAUGUACACCGUCUCCCUCACCAACCCCUUGGCCCCCAAGACCGCCACCGUCACUGAGACUCAGACGCUGUACAAGGCCAGCCAGGAGAGCGAGUGCUACAUCAUAGAUGCCGAGGUGAUAGCACACGACGUCCCCUACCAUGACUACUUCUACACUCUAAACCGCUACGUGCUCACCAGGGUGGCCAGGAAGAAGUGUCGGCUAAGGGUAUCCACAGAGUUGCGCUACAAGAAACAGCCGUGGGGGCUGGUCAAGGGCUUCAUCGAGAGGAACUUCUGGAGCGGCCUGGACGAGUACUUCAGACACUUAGAGCUGGAGCUGAGUAAAGUGGAGGUGGUCCUGGUUGAGCCCCACAGACAGUCCCCCAAGGCCAGGGCUCUACGGGCAGGGGCGCUGAGGCGGCGGAAACGGCCCUUGGUCCACCUGCGGCCCCCCCACAUGGACGAGGCCCUCAGCCCCGUCACCACCCCCGAGGACGAGGAGGAGGUCACCCACCACCAUCGCAUCAAACAAGUGGCAGGUUCCACUCAGACCAGACACAUCCCGGACCAUGUCCCAGGGGGCCUAGCGCUCUACAGCGUCUCCAAGCUACUCCUCAUCAUCAGCUUUGUUCUAGUAUUGCUGGUGUUUCUGAACAUGAUGCUGUUCUAUAAGCUGUGGAUGCUGGAGUACACCACACAGAGUCUCACCUCAUGGCAUGGCAUACGACCACAAGAAAGUAAACUGCCCCAGACCCAGCUGGAGUGGGCCCAGCUCCUGGAGUCGCAACAGCGUUACCAUGACGACGAGCUGCAGAAGUGGAAGGAGAUCAUCAAGUCGUCUGUGAUGUUGCUGGAUGAGAUGAAGGACUCGUUACUAAACCUGCAGAAGGGAAUGGGUUUAAAGGACUUUAACUCGGAAUCGGAGGAAAAGGGGAGUCGAUAUCACUGAGAAACAAUCCACAAGGCCACCAGCCGGGACAUUAUGUGCAAUAUCUAACCAACCAUUCAUGGGAACUCCUGGGCAAAGAACAGAAGGAUGUUCUAUUGCAAGCUGGACAGGACCACUCUCCCACUGCCCAACUUCUGGCAUGAAGUGACCGAAUCACCAUCAGGGCCGGAGUGGGAUGGCAGCCAUCGUUGCAUCAUGUGAAAAGACAGCAGUGAUGGUCCUUGUUAUCCCGGGAUCCUUGGGACGUCCCUACCCCAUUGAAGUUUAAGUUUGAAAUUGUUUAAGGUAAGGGUUAAGGUUAGGUCAAGUUUAUUGCGACGGUUAGCGUUAGGGGUUAAUGUUAGGGAUUAGGGUGGGAACGUCCCAAGGAUCCCGGAUAGCACUAACUGUGCCGUGACCCACCUUGGCCUGAACUCUGGACUUUUUAUCACCUUGUUUUCCGAGAAUGUUGUACUGUAAAGUUUUUUGUUUUUGGGGGCCACGUACGGACAUAGAAGGGAUGGCGUGGGGAGCUGGUGAAAGCAUGCAGUUUCUUGUCUCCGUCUGAAGAAAAAAAAUGCUUUCCUGGUGGAGAUGUGUAUUGAAACCUCUGCGUACUCUGUCUCAGACUGGGUAAGGGGUUAGUCCAUAGCCUUUUUAGGAACUCUUGGUUGUGGAGCUGCAGUAUCCUUUUUUUUUAACAGACCUUUGGACUCUGGGAACAGGUUACGACCGUACCAGAAACAUAAUCAGCAUGCAGUGUUUCAAUACAAUCCAUAAUUUCUAGGAUAGAACCACAAAGAAUCAAAGUAUAUUAUAAAUGAAAAUAUAAUUACGUAUUUAUUUUUUUGUAGAAUUCAAUUGCAGUCAGGGCACACUUUUACCAGGCUUCCGUGGUGUAUCAGGGCAGGUUUCCCUGAGAGCUUGUGCCAUGGCUUUGUGUUUCUAUGUUUAUGUGUUUAUCGUUUUCUAAGGCAUGUUCUCUACUGUGUGUAGAGUAGCCCUACCCCUUUUGAUUUGAUUUGUGGACAGGGGAGCUAGCUAUAGCUGUUAGCAGCAGUGAGAAUGUAUUGGUUAACUGGUUGUUACCAUAUAUGGAUGAGAAAGCAGUCUGCUUUUGCAGAGGUACACAGUAUGUUUUGAUGAUGCAACCCUCUUCCAUAAACAGGGCAUUCUUUGCCCUAGCCAACGCCAAACGUUAUCUCAACGUUGUGCUUAGGUUUUAUCCAAACAUGUCUCCAACCUUAUCCUUCAGGAUGAUUUGUUUUAGGUUAUGGAUACACCUAUUCAAUGUUGCCAAGAUUUAUGUGUUAACUUUUAUGCUAACAUGUAUGUUUUUUCAAUUUGGGCAGUAUUCUUGUCAUCUUUUAUUUGGCCACUUUGUGUUGUAUCAAUUCAUCUGUGGCUGUCCUGUCCUUGGCUUGAAUAGAAUGUACUCAGAGUGUACUGUAUAGGCCUUGGUAUGUUCCCUAAGUGAUUUUACACAUGCAAUGGAGCUUGAAUGUGUCUCUACCUGCGCUACAUAGAUCAUUCAUGUUUUCCCCCCAGUAUUUGUUACCAGCCUAAAUAAUGUCAGACAGACAGAGAGCAUAAGGAUCAGUGUUAUGAUAAUGUGGAUGUUAUACUCUGUCAGUCUAUGAACUUUAAAGUGUUCAGCUUUUAACCAGAGAGGGAGUAGACAGUAUUUUAGGGAGGGUAUUUUUUUCGUAGAGAUGUUUACAAAGGGAUACUGCAGCCGAACUGAAGAACGGCGAUUACAACGAUGUAUUUGAUGAUUAAAACUGUGAAAUUCCUCAUUGAAAAAUAUGCUUGAAGCUGGAAAAAAAGAAUAGUGUAUAUUGUACAGUUCAGAUAUUUAUUGAUUUAUUUAUGUACAGUGUAUAUGAAAAAUGUAAAACAAACGUUUGGGGAAAUUAUCAGUAUUCACCCUCUGCAGACCUGUAUUCAAAUACCAUUCGAAAUCAUUAAAAAUAUUUCAGCUUUG